UCCGCGGGAGGAAAUACCCCUUGCUAAGUGAAAGUAUCCAUCGAGCAACUUAGGGCGUUUUAAGCCUUUUCCACCUCGACUCCCCUGCUGAGAGAUGGGCACCAAAAAGGCAGCGAUCGCUGCUACACUGGCAAACUUGUCCAAAGCUGACUUCGAGUCGUUUUGUUUUCAUCUAAUAGACUCCCGCCGGGUUCCGCGCAUCAAGGUUGAAAAUAAGAGCUACUUGGAGGUUACCAAUGUAAUUGUGUCUUGCUUCACCGAGAACGAAGCUCCUGCCUUCACCUCCAACAUUCUGAGGAACAUGGGUUGCAGCGAUGAGGCCAAUGAUCUCGAUGCUCGGAUUGCCGCAAUAUCCGCGAAUGCGCCUACUGGAGCAAUGGGAGCGGCACCGGGCCAAGCUGCAGUUGCCUCAACAAGCUCUGCAUGUCAGUCAGGGAAGCACUUUGUGGACGAGCACAAACUGCAGCUGAUCGAGCGCGUGAAGAACAUCAACCCCAUUCUCCUCGGGCUGCAAGACAAGAACGUCAUCCAGGCUGAGGUGUAUGAAGACAUCAGCUACCACACGCCAGGCAGCCAGAACAAGAUGAGGAAGAUCUACGAUCUGGCUCUCAAGUCGGGCACCGAUGCUAAAGACGUCUUCUUUAAACUCCUCCAGGAGCACGAGUCGUACCUUGUGAAAGACCUCCAGAAGAAAUGAAAGGCUGGACGGCAUCCUCGUAAUUCUUUUUCGGCUAAUUUACUUCGUUCCACCCCUAAAAUUUGGCUAUCUGAUUGAACGUCUAUUUCUGUCAAUGAGGUUUUUUUUAUUAGAAAAACGAUCAACUUUCCUAUUCAAUGUUUUAGUCAAUUUUAGCAUGUUGGCGAAGGAAAUGUGAGAAUUAGUUGUUCGAAUUGUAAAACGUUAUUUUGUAUGGUGGAAAUUCUAAUUUUAUUUGUGACCAAGUUAAAAUAUUCCUCAUAUUUUUUAUCUUUUCGUUGUUUUUCCAUCCUCAAAAUUCACAUGGUGCUGUAUUGUUGUUUUAUAAAGUUGAAAAUUCCCAAUUCCCCUCAAUGUUUACACAAAUUAUUUCUUUUCUCUUUUUUUUGUUUUUUUUUUCAUUUCCAUGCAUUCCAAAUUAUAUGUUUUCGGUAAUAAUUUUAAGGGGGAUAAAAUGUGUCAUUUUUCAUAUCAAAUAAUUAAAUUGCUUGCCAGUACUUCAUAAACACCUUGUUUUUAUUCAGUCCUAGACUCCUGUUCAGUGUUUUUGUUCAAAAUAAGCCUGCAUGCAUGAGAGAUUUUAUUUUUUUCCAUGUUCUUAUACGUAUAUAUGGGGGAAAACACUCAGGUGACUUGAAGUUCCGCUCUGAGACCCCCAAUUUAGCCAACUUUCAAAAUUUUCCGAUAUGCAUGUGUGAUACAUAUCAUAUCACAGCGUAAAAUUUCUAUUUUCUGGGGGAAGAAAAUUUUUGGACAGGAGGGCAUUUAAAAUUUCUUUUUUUUUUUUUUUUAAACAGCAAAACCCUAUCUGGAGGUGAGAGCACACGAGAGCAGAAUUAAAGACGCCAUGACUUUCAUGAGAUAUCAUCGCAUAAUUACUUUGUUUCGAUCCAAAAACUCCACGUAGCAUGCAUCACUGAGUGUCAACACACAGCUGUGAAUGGCCACAGUUGGAUUGUGGGGGGAUUUUAGGGGUGAAACAUGGUCAUAUAACAAGGGUCGCGAUGCAGAAAUCGCAGACAUCAAGGAGUGGUUGAAAUGUUGCUUUUCAUAUAUUUACCCUAUUAAACUUUUUCAAUUUUU